AUGGCAAUCCACAUCCAUCACCAUCCCUACACGGGACUCCUCUCUCAGCUGUCCGCGCACCUCCCCCAAUCCGGUCCUCUCCUGCGGCGGAUCCAGCAUGAGGCCAAUUCCGCGACACCCUCGCCUACCGCGAGAGUGCUCGCAUCAUUUCCUGCAGGUGAGAAUGAGGAUCUAGCGAUAGAACAUGCAGAGCCAUGGAUAGCAGCAUAUGUCGACGUCCACCGCGGCCCCGACACGCAAGUGUGGGUUUUCUCGAGCCUCGAGACGAGAUCUCCAGCUCCAAGCACCAGCACACCAACCGGACAUACUAUCCAGAAUGGCAAAGGCAAUGCGAACAUCACAGAACACCAGAAGCAGAUCACCAAAGCACACCUACUCACCCUCUUCACAUUCAUCCGAACGGAUCUCGUCCCGGGUUAUCUGGACAUGCUCUCCUCGCAACCAAUCGCAGCGCAUAAGGAAAGCGAAGAAGGCGUCAAGAAGAUCCCGCCUCACCCGCUUGCUUCGGUGCUCCUGGGCUCAGUGCAUGAAUCCACAGUCCGCCUAAUCGUCGAACUCGCGGCAGAAGAAAAGACGCUGCGCGUCCAUCGCGGCCAGAACAUCUUCUACGCGAAGUACUGUUUCCCCUCGUCUUCCUUCGAACACUCGGUCCACGGCUCCGACAAGCUCAGAGCCAAAGAGUCGGCGUAUACCUUCGCCGACUGCAAGGGUGUCUACGGGGUCCAGGAACACCAUGUCCGCCUCGUCAAGGCGCGGACGAAUAUCCCGCGCUCGAAGGAGGCGCUCAUGGCGAUGGGGGGUGUGGCGCUGUACCAUCGUCCUCAGGAGGCGUCUCCUACUGCUUCCAUCUCUGCCUCUGCGAAUGGUAAUUGUGAUGGCAAUGGUGAAGGUGAAGGCGAAAUGCCGAUCGCUUGGGCCUUCCUGGGCUUCGACGGGAGUAUGUGCAGCUUGCACGUUGAGCCGGAGCAUCGGGGGCGGGGUCUUGCGGUGCUUGUUGGGAGGGAGGUCAUGAAGAGGGGGGUUGGUGAAUUUGGGUCUUCGUAUGACUUUGCACAGAUCAAGUCCAUUUCUAAUGGCAAUGGCAAUGGCAAUGACGCCGCAACGCUUUGCUCUAACGGAGGAAAUGGUGUGAGUGAGGACAUUGGGAAGAGUGAGGCUGAGCAUACGUCAGCGUCCUCAUUCAAUGGAUCUACAGGGGCAGCUCCAGCUCCAGCUCCAGCGGCGGACCAGGAUAGACAGGAAUGGUUCUUUGCCGACGUCGCCGUGGAGAAUACGCCUAGUCGGCGGGUGAUGGAGAAGAUGGGGGGUGAAGCGAAGUGGAAUGUUGCGUGGGUGGUUGUUGAAGUGGAUAUCUAA